GUAUAUAUAAUUAUAUAUAACUAUAUAUAAUAUAUAUAGUUUUAUUUUGAUCAACUAUUAUGUUAUUGUAGUAUUUAUUCUUUUACAUUCGGUUGUUUUACUAUGUAUUUUAUUCUGAAGGACAAUGAACCGUACUUCCGUUUCAUCGCAGCCAUUUAAUCCUUUCCCACAAUGCUUUGUGUCCACGUCCCCUGCUUCCUGUUUAUUGUGACCGUCUCCACCGGUAAAAUUUUAACGUUUAUGCCGCCGUGCCGCCGUCAAAAGAUCGGGCUGUAGCUGCUCCUUUGCAUCCCUGGGGUCAGGAUGGAGGACUCUGAGACGGAGCUGGUGGUGUCGGAGUCUGAUGCUCUGGGUGCAGACUUCAUCACAGUGGAGUUGGACACUCAGCCUAUUGAGUACGUGGUGAAGUGGGCCGAGGUGGGGUCAAAGUUUACCAUCUCCUGCGUGAAGAAGGACUCCGACGACCCAACAGAGCUGACGGCGGAGCAGCUGAAGAUGGAGACGGAGGAGGCCUUCUUCGCUCCCUAUGAGGAGGUGUACCCUUGCGAAGUGACGGAGCAGAGCGUGGAGAUCAAGACGGACUCCGACGAUGACGAGGAGGACACCGAGGAGGAGCAGGAGGUGCUAGUGGAGGCAGUAGGCAGCCAGCCGGAGGGCGAGGGCGAUUCGGACCUGGCUGACUUUGAGCCAGACGAGCGUCAGUACCGCUGCAGCUAUUGCGGAAAGAGCUACAGCCACGCCUCCAGCCUUUACCGCCACCAGCAGACGCAUGGAGGCCAGAGCGCCGGGGGGGCGCCAUCGCCCGCCAAACGGGCGCUGGAGCCCCCGCCCCAAGAGGCGCGGUACACCUGCCCCCACUGUGGAAUGAGCUUCAAAGGAAGCAGGAUGUUGGGCAGUCACCUGCGGCUGCACGGAAAGCGGAGGAUUCACCCAUGCAACCUCUGUGGGAAGGAAUUCAACCACAGCUCCAGCCUGUCGCGCCACCGCCUCAUCCACAAGAAGGGGAAGGGGCCCAAAGACGUGGCCCCCAGCCCUAACAUGGCCCCCCUGCGCCGCUCGCUGAAAGCUAAGAACAAGAAGCCUAAGAGGCAGCAGAGGCAGCAGUCAGCGGACAUGUUGGAGAGUCCGGGUGGAGACAAGUUCUACGCCUGCCCGCAGUGUGACAUGAGCUUCAGGACCUCCACCCAGCUCUCCAAGCAUCAGGUGACCCACGUUAAGGAGCUGCUGAACAACUACACCCCCGGCAAGGAGAACCUCGGGGAGACCUCCUCGGACCUCAAGAUCCGCCUCAAGCUCUGCUCCCGAGACAAGCCCAACUUCUACACCCUGUGCAAGAAGAACCGGCGGCGCCGGGCGAACCGGGCUGGCAGGCGUGGCGCCUCCAUCUCAGAGGAGGAGCAAGGAGGAGGAGGAGCCGGCCGUCACGGGUGCAGCCAGUGUGGGAAGCGGUUCAGCCACGCCUCUAGUCUGGCUCGGCACCAGCAGACCCACCGUGCUGGGGACGGGGAGGGACGGGUUAAGCUGCAGCAGCAGCACCACCACCAGAAACCGCUCCACGCCAAGACCAAGACCUUCACGUGCGCCGCCUGCAACAAGACCUUUAUGCACUCCUCCAGCUUCUCCCGCCACAAGAAGGCCCACAUGGAGGAGGAGCAGCGGGCUCGGGCUGCCGUCGACAAACGCCGGAAGAGGGUGGUCCUAGACGAGACCGCCCCGCUGGAGUCCGACUCGGAGUGAGGAUUCUGUGGGCUUGGACCGGUUUUCAACCUGUUCUGGGUUGGUUCUGAAUCAGCACCGACUGGGUCGGAGCCAGUUCUGGAAAAGUUCUAAUUCAACAACGUUCUGGACCAGUUGGAGACAGAUACUGGACCUGGUUGGUACUUGUCUAGUGUAAAUAGCGGCAGGACUUCCAUAUAUGGUCAUACCCGAUGAUAGCUUAUGGAUGGAAUUAGAUCUAAAGUGUUACUCCUUGCCCCGCCCCAUGACCCGGUCAUCCUCCACCUGUCUGUCAGGUUGCACAUGGACGCUGCUCGCUUUCAUUCACCCCCCUCUACACUGUUAUUUCCCAUCUGCCACCUGGGGAGAAAUUCUGGAUAUUUCCCAUCAGCCCUGUUACCUACCUGCUACCUGUUCAAUUUCUAUAUUGAAACACAGCACGCAGUGCAUUGUUGGUAAACCGGUUAUUUACAAAACACAUUCAUGAUGACAACAACAAACAAGUCUGUCAAUUCAGUUUAACUUUGUAAAGCUGAAAACUGGUCCAGGUCUGAUGUUUUUCAAGUCUCAUCUGGUCCAGAUGUUGAUUGUGAUUGGCUGGUGCAGUGUUCUGAUUGGUUAGUGAGAGCAGAGAGCUGACUGGUUGAGAUAGUGUUUCCUCCCACAUUUACCGUCGCAGGAAAGACUUUAACCUGCAGCUCGUCGGCCAUGUUUGUAGUUUUUUGGUGGUGUUGUGGAGGUCAACGCUUAAACUGCACUUAUUUAUGAAUUUGGAACAAUGUUGUAAUAUAUAAAUAUUUAAAUGUGACUCAUAAGUAAAAAGACAUAACCACCCUUGCUACCGUAGCAACACCACCUGCAUCAUCUUCAUCGGACAGAUAGGAAGUGACCUCGAUGGAUGUCCUGUUUUCAAAGUUAAAGACAAAAGAAUCCAAUAUUGAAAGACUGACGGGUGUCUCGGACCGAUCAGGGACCAGGUCUUCCUCUGACAACCUUCCCCUUCCUCCCAGCCGUCAGAUGGCAGAAGACACUUUGAGUUUGUGACAAACAUUUUACCGUGUGAAUUGGCUUUGACCUAAUUUUAUGGUAUUUAUAAGUGUGUGUGUGUGUGUGUGUAGGCGGCUGCACCAUGGACCUCCUGUAGAACACGUACAUCUUCAUCCUUCUGGUUUUAGUUCUCUCGGUUCCCUUCAAGCCGCCGUCCUCGUCCACAGUAUUUUGCAUUUGGAUCCAUGUUGUGUUGGUUUCUGUCCUCACCUGCAGGUAGAAGGUUGUUCGUCAUUGUAUCGUGUUUGACAAUAGAAUAAAAACCCAGUUGACAUGUUUUGUCUUGCGUUUUGUAAUAAACCUUUAAAAGAA